AUGAUAACAUUCAACAAACGAAUAGCAACAUUAGCGGCAACGUUAUUUUCAUUCAUUGUGCUUUAUACUCUCUUUAACAGUGGAGCUCAAUUUUCCAACCAACUAGAUCAGCCUGUUCCCCUCAAAACUCCAGAGCUCAUCAUACCGAAUCAGAGUACUGAGAAUGAUCCCCCUCUUCCAUUCAUGCCAAAAAUGGCUAACGAAACUUUGAAAGCAGAACUUGGAAAUGCUUCCUGGAAACUCUUUCACACUAUUCUUGCUAGAUAUCCUGAAUCCCCAUCGGAGAAUCAAAAAUCAACCUUAAAUGACUACAUUUAUUUGUUUGCACAGGUUUAUCCAUGUGGAGACUGUGCAAGACAUUUCAAUUUAUUGCUGCAGAAAUACCCUCCACAAUUGUCCUCAAGACAGGUGGCUGCAGUGUGGGGAUGUCAUAUUCACAAUCAGGUCAAUAAGAGAUUGGAGAAACCACAAUACGACUGCUCCAAUAUUCUAGAGGAUUACGAUUGUGGAUGUGGCUCUGAUGAAAAGGAAGUAGAUGACACUCUGAAUAACGAAACAAUAGAACACUUGCAAAGUAUCAAAAUUACUGAAAAAGAGAGUGAACAAUUUGGUCGAUGA